CUGACAGGCUGCUGCUGAGGGUGUUUGUCACUGCCAUGCUCAAGCCUGGAUGACGUGAGGGACCCACUGAAAGCAGAUUUCCAGCUCCUUAUGGCUGUAUAUGAUGAGAACAUCCUGAAGAAUCCUUUCUACUUGGCUUUGGAGAAGCAGAGACCGGACCUCUGCAGCCGAGUGGCAGAGAUCCACGGCAUUGUCCUUGUUCCCUGCUGCGGAAGUUUGACUGUUGGCAGCUACUCAGACUAUCAGUUUGACAACUAUGUCCUGCAGCCUGUGGAGGACAGAUACCAGACUCUGGAUGGAAAGGAGGUCAGAAUCCUGGACAGACAGGUCCUGCUGGGAUCCGGCUUCCCGGCUCCGGCAUCGGUGUCCAUCCUGUUUGAGGAAACCUUUUACAAUGACCAAGAGCAGAGCUACAGCAUCCUGUGCAUCUCCCGGCCUGUGGAGGUGGACACAAGCCCCAACGAGCUCAGCCCUCCGCCCCCCUACUGCCUGAAGAGUGUGGAGGACGUCAGGGAGUUCCUGGGCCGCCAUGCCCAGAAACUGGACAAGUUCAUCCACGGCUUCUGUCAGGCCUUCAAGGAGCAGGAGAGGAAGGGACUCCGACACCACAUUGACUCAGUGAACGGUCUCUACACUAAAUGUCUUCAGUGUCUACUGAGAGACUCUCGCCUGAAACUUCGGACGAAGCAGGAGCUUCAGAUGACUCUUCUCAAACAGGCUGUGGAGAUGUAUGUUCAUCAUGGUAUCCAUGAUUUAAUGUUUAACUUUGUGGGAACUCUUGAAGCCAGCCAGGAUGCUGCCUUCAACAAAACCACCAGGAGUCUGCAAGAGCUGCAGCAGAAAGAGCUGGGAGUCAAACCUGAGUUCAGUAUAAACCUGCCCCGGGCAAAGAGAGAGCUGAGUCAGCUCAACCAGCAUACCUCUCCACUCCUCAAACUGCUGUGCCUGCGCAGAGUCACUGUGACUGCUACCCAGACACCCAGACACUCAGUCAGCAUUGAGGCCGUAAGUGCAGACGACCUGCUCUCUGUCAUCCUCUACCUGCUGGUGAAGACGGAAAUCCCCAACUGGAUGGCCAACCUGAGCUACAUCAGGAACUUCUGCUUCAGCCACUCCAGUAAAGAUGAGCUCAGCUACUGUCUGAGCACCUUUGAGGCUGCAGUGGAGUACAUCAACCUGGGGAAGCUGCAGGACACACACUCUGGUUCAGGUGAACUGAACGACAAGGCGCUGUUUAAAGAGAGGAUGAGGUCCUUGUCUCAAAGCACCGCCACACCCAUCCACUGUCUGUUUGAGCACAUAGCGAGUGGAAAUGAGGCUGAGGUCGAACGUCUGCUUAGUGAAGGAGAGAGCGACGAGGACGUUAGGAUGUGUCACCCCCUCUGUUCCUGUGACCUCUGCGACCUCCAGCUGUCCGGGCGACUGAAUGAUCCGUCCAUCAUCACACCGUUUUCCAGAGAUGAUCGAGGUUACACGCCUCUGCACGCUGCGGCUAUCUGUGGUCAGGCUCAGCUAAUCGACCUGCUGGUGUUUAAAGGAGCGACAGUCAAUGCCACAGACUACCACGCCCUCACACCGCUGCACCUGGCCUGCCAACGGGGAUACCAGGGAGUCACGCUGCUGCUGCUGCACUACAAGGCCAACACAGACGCUCAGGACAACAACGGCAACACACCGCUGCACCUCGCCUGCAUGUAUGGACACGAGGACUGUGUGAAGGCCUUGGUGUACUACGACGUCCAAACGUGCCGUCUGGACCUGCAGAACGAGAAAGGUGACACGGCGCUGCACACGGCGGCUCGAUGGGGCUACGAGGGAAUCAUCCAGGUGCUGCUGGAGAACGGAGCGAGUACCAACGUCCCUAACAAGAGCAAAGAUUCGCCACUGCAGUGUGCACUCAACACCAAGAUCCUCACUUUGUUGCAAUUAAGUCAGAACGGCCAUCAUCGCAGAGGCAGCCGAAUUGAUUCUCCCAGUCGCUCCCCUCUGGCUUCAGAUUGCAGUAGCCGUCGCUCCUCAGUCUCCAGCACCUCCUCUCUGGGGUCCGAGGCAAAACCGGAGGGAGAACGGGUCCGCCACAGAGAGGUGGAGAAGCUGCUGCGUGCUGUGGCAGAUGGUGAUGUGGAGAUGGUGCGUUACCUGCUGGAGUGGAUGGAUGAAGAAGAGGAAGAUGAAGAAGAGCUCUUGUCUGAGGCGCUGCUCUGUCAUCCGCUUUGUCAGUGUCGAAACUGUGCCCCCACUCAGAAGCUGUGUGUUCUGCAGGCUGGAGCUCUCGGUGUUAACAGCUGUAACGCUGAAGGCUUCACACCACUCCAUGUUGCCGCCCUGCAUGGCCAUUCAGCACUGGCUGCCCAACUGAUCCGCCACGGGGCCAACGUCAACGCCCGCACAAACCAGAACGCCACGCCGCUUCACCUGGCCACCCAAAACAGCCACGUCCAGGUGGUGAGGUUCCUGCUUGAGUGCAAUGCCAAACUGAAUAAAAAGGAUCACUAUGGUAACACAUCUCUGAUACUUGCCUGUCUCUGUGGAAACCUGGAGACAGUCACUACCCUCUUACAGAGUAACGCCCUGGUGAACGUAGCAAACCUUCAGGGGAACACGGCUCUCCAUGAGGCGGUGCGGGGCGGAAACCAGGCACUGGUGGAGCUGCUGCUGAGGAGUGGAGCCUCACCCAGCCUCAGAAACAAGAGGCAGAGGACGCCACUGGACUGCGCCUACGAACUGGGUGGAAAGAACACUGAGAUCCUGAGAGCUCUGCAGAAGGCGUCUGGACUUUCCCCUGAUGAUGAACCCAUCAAACUCCUCUCUGUGCCCAAAGGAGCUCUUGCUCAUUCAUUUGUGCAGCGUCUCAGGCUGCAGGAUCACUCCAAUGGCAGGAGACAGAAACUGGCUCAGUCCAUCAGCAGGAUGGAGCAGAUGAAGAAAGGUUCCUCUGGUUCUCCCCCCAGGUGUUCACCAACCCUGAACCAGAAGAAUCCAGACAGGAGAAAGUUGAGACGAGGGGAGACAGUAGAGGGCAGUAGUCCAUCAGGAAGCUGCGACCCCGGGCCCCGGCGGGGAGAGCGGCCCCUAGGACGCUGUCACACCCUGGACUCUGGAGAAACCACAAUAAAGCGGCUUGUGUCUUUUCCAACUUGCAAUGCAUCUGAAUGCACCCAGAAAGAGAGCAGUCAGACUGAGGACACACCCGCCUCCAGAACUGCUGAGGACACUCUGUCAGCAGGUGUUCACACGUCCAGAGACACAGAUGAAGCUCACUCCACUGAUGUCUCUAGCUGUAGCACCGGAAGCGAGACCUCCCCAUCUCCGCCAUCCAACACGUCAUUACAUGCCGAUUAUUUGUUUGAAGCCCAUCCCACACACAUCCUCGCUAACCCCUCUGCUUCACAUGAGUCAGAGGAGCCGUCUCACACCAACAGCCAAAGCCUCCAGGCCAUAAACGGAACAUUAGUGGAGCCAUGUGACGACCAGACUCGGCCUUUUAUCGACACAGAGCCCUUGACUUCAGAAGGCAAAGAUGGAAACUCUAAUCCCACCCACACCGCUGACCACCACCCCCCCAUCCAACAGUCAAAUGGAUUCAACUAAAAGCUGGUUGGAGCUAAAACUUUCUACAGUUUUUACUUCACAGGAACAACAUGGGAUAAAGAGUUCACUCAUAUUAGAAAGAACCUAUGUGAUCACUUACUGUACCUGUAGUUGUAUUGCAAGCACAAAUUUCUGCCUCCACUCCAGUACAAUAGAGAUGAAGGGAGUUAUAUAACUUGCAUGACUAUAAUUGGUCUCUUCUUUUCAUUUAUUCAGUCCAAAAACAGCAGUGUAAUAAAAUAACACAGUGCCGCGUUGAUGUGGCGGUGAGCCAAUGAUCCAUGAAGUCCAGUUAAUCAGACACAACACUGCACACAGGGUCAGAACAUUAUGGUCAGGUUAUUCAAUGCUAUCACAGCAGCAAUAACGUUAUCCCUGUCUCCACUGCAGCACUUUUAACUGCAGAGUUACAACAUCAUACAUGAGGGUUUAGCAUGUGCACCUUCUCAAUUGUGUUGUAUUAAAAUGGAAAAAAACACCCUUCACAGUAAAUGGUAAUGGAUUUGGUAAAUGGAUUUGUAUUUAUAUAGCGCUUUUCUAGUCUGAUGAUGACCACUCAAAGCGCUUUACAGUACAGUUACACAUUCACCCAUUCACACACACAUUCAUACAGUGCAUCUACUUGCAGCACUUUGUUAUUCUAUGGGGGGCUAUUGAGGGUUCAGCAUCUUGCCCAAGGACACUUCGGCAUGCAGAUGGUUCAGACUGGGGAUCGAACCGCCGACCUUCAGGUUGGAGGACGACCACUCUACCCCUCAGCCACAGCCGCCCUGUAAGUAAGAUCUGGGGCUUCUCUAGUCAAGUAACCACAACACUGUUUGCAGAUAGGGAUGUUGUUACUAUCCACUUCCACUGUGCAGAGGUGGAGGCAGACAUCUCAGAGACUGACUCAAAACGUGGAUGAACCAAAUACCUACCUGUUCUGCAUGGAAGGUAAAGUGAAAAUAUAUUUUGUAAUUUGGGAUAACUUAUCCUUUAAAGUCACAAUGAAGUGUAAAAGGUGUGUAGUGGUUUCCGUUACACAUUUCUGACGGCACCGAAAAUCCACAGAUUUCCUUCCUGUCGUUUUUAAACUCGAGAAAUUCUUGGAUUUGAAGGAGCUGUCAUGACGAACACAUUUCAGGAGUUCAUUUUUAUAUGUAUGAGUAGAUGCACUAAAAUGCACUAAUCUUUUCCAUCCUAGCAAACAUCCUGUUGACUUACAUUUCUUAAUUGAGAAACAUCCACAACACAACUGAAUAUAUAUAAAACAUGUUUAGGACCUGGCGUUUUUCACAUGGUUGUGUCCUGAUUUUCUUUAAAAAACCAAACACUGUUCUAAAUUAACUGGGCUGAAUGAUUCUGUACAUUUAAUCCACCUCAACAUGAUUUUUCCAUAGCUAAUAUGGAUUUCAAAGAUUCUGCUAAAGUAUCAUUUCAUUGUGACUUGAGCAGUGAUACUAACAGAGCUGAGGAUUUCUCCCUCCCCCUCCCUUGUCCACCCUGAAGCAGCUUCUCUAACUCCCCCUCCUCUCCUGAGUGUGAAGCACUUUCUUCUACUUCUAGGCUAAACAAAAAGAAAAAGGGAUGCAAACUGAAGUUGUUUUAGUUUGAUACUGUUUGAAUGUUGUCGCUUUAGCUUUAUGUAAAGCCAUUAGAGUGCAGCUCUAAUCUGAGCUUGUUUUACUUGAAUGUUAGACAUUGGAUAGAUUACAGGGUUGAAUUUGAUUUACAGUUUGAUGGAUUCUCUCUUUUUUUCACUCCCAUUUAACAUCGUACUACUCCAUGUACUGUUUCAUUAUUUGUAUGCAUUUAAAUUUUAUUUAUGACUGUGUUGUCGGGAGGGUGUUGUGUGUUCAGAGAGGUUCGACUUCUCCUGAAUGUGAGACAUGGAUAAAGUUGAAGGAUCACA